AGCAGCUGAUCAUUUGUGUUGAUCGUCGCGCGACCCCAGCAGUAUUGUGCAUUCAGUGCGCAAGGAGAAAACCGGGAGCGUUUUUUUAUUUUGGCAAGCGCGACGCCGAAGUAGCGUCCGCCCGCGCGUACUGCGAUGAGUCACGGACGCGGCGGAUAGUAUUGGUCCAGGUACCUGGCGCGGCCGCGCGCGGAACAAUGCACGCGCUGAUAACAACGUGACGGGAACGAGGCGACGGUUAUCACAGCCAUGCGGCGCUCGCAGUGAGAGCCGACCGGAGCCCCAGAGUGACGACUGCGGUGCGAGCAGCGAUGCAAAGCCACGUUAUGGCGCAGAAUGAUAACCACCGAAAAGAUUAAUCUUGCAACCCAAACCAACCAAUAACUUACCAAUUAAUACCGCUAAUCUUAAGCUAUAAGCCUAACAAACAUGGAGGGGUAUAAAAAGCCUAAAAUCACUCUCAGCAUGCUUAAAGGGAAACCAAUAAAUUCGUCAGUGCCAAGCUUUCGCUUCAAUGCUACGGCGGAGGAAAUCGAAGAGCUGUACGCCACGGACGAGGACCACGAUGAACUCUCCAUUGACACACCAGCUAAAGCCGCCAGCGACGUUGAAAGCAGCCCCUACAAGUCCAACAAGCUGGGCAAGAGGUCAACGAGCGUAGACGUGUCAACGGUCGAUUUGUCGCCCCCGUCUGAUCCUUGGCGGUUUUUCAGUGAUAUUAAAGGAAAGAUAACGAAGAGCGUCGAAGGAAAGAUUACCGAAUACAAGACUCGCUCCAGCGAAGGAGAAGGUGCAUCGCCAAAGAGAUCUUCGAAAACUAUCAAGGAAGGCAAGGAAUGUAAAGAGUUAGGUUCGAAGGACACAAAAGAAACAGUUGCUCGCGAUUCGAAAGAAGGCAGUAAGGAAAAAGAUUGCUCCAGCUUGUCCGAUUCGGAGGAGCUGAGCGAAAGUAGUAUUUCAAGGACAUGCGGCAUUGUUUCUACGACUGAAGGUGUAGAGAUGUCAAGCGAUGAUGAAGGCACCACGUCCCUAUCCGAUAAGAAGGACGACAAGGAUAACAACGCUGGUGGUUCAAAAAGUAAUUCAAAGCAUGGCAGCAAACAGAAACGAAAUAUCACCGUUGUCAACAAAGAUGGCAAGAAGGAAACGAAGACGACGACUGUUGGAUUCCUUGACGACUUGCAGAAGAUUAACAUGGGCAUUGAGAUCGACCAAUCGGAUGUUGAGAGUGGUGUUGAUGUUUUAGCACAAAUAGAUAACAUAGAUGUAGAUAUAGAUCAAAUCAAUAUCACUCAGAUAUCGGGUGAAGACAUUCGCAAAGGAUAUUUUGACAAAGACGCCACCCAAGAGACGACGGUUUUCUCGCCAAUGGGAUUUGUUGACUUGCGUCCGCCUCCCGAGCCCGAUACUAACUGGCAGUAUUUUUACCGUAAUCGAAUUGGCUGCUAUGUGACCAUUGUUCUCAUCGCGUACCUUAUCUUGCCGCUGAGUACUUACAUGAGCGGCUUCAUCACUGGCAGCAUCUUGAUGUACACCGCUGCUUAUAUCUAUACGAAAUUAGUGGAGCUAGGUACGCCGUAUCAAAACGAAGUUAAUAACAAUCACAGUGAUGGUCAGCAAAGGCGCUCGGUAGAUGUUAAGCAGGAGGAGUUCGUCGAAAUACAGCCCGUUAAAGAGGAGCGACCCACGCUCAAAUAUCAGGGUUGGGUAAAUGAGUACCCGGAGGUGUACGACCCAUACACGUACCACAUAUCGCAAACGCAGAGCGUCUACCUGCGGCUGCAGGGUAACCUGUUGAAGAUCAGCAACGCGCGGGGGAAAAUUCCGAAACGGGCGUCUUACAACGAGGCCGAGCACAAGAUGAGUUUUUCCAGACAUCGAAUUUACAAUCUGCUUGCAGCAGAGAUCGUUUUACUGCCUCUUGGAUUAACCAAAAUCAGACAUUGGAGUAAAAAGUAUCCGAUCUGCAUUAUCCUUAAUAAAGACCAACUUUGUUAUGAUCACCCCGACAAAGACAAAAAGGCCAGCCCCGAAACGGACCUUGCCAAAGAAGUGGCUUCUAGUAAGGGUUCCUCAACCAUUACCUCAGAAUCAUCCGGCACACAAAUAUUCAGUAAACUGAUUGAGGAAUCCGCCGUCGAUAAUGAAGACAAUAGCUACUUCGAGUUGGCAAAAGAGGAGGACGAAGUUCAUGCAGUAACCACCACUUCCGCCGAUGAAAUCUCCAUGCAGAAUGACGACGAGUUGUUGGAGGACGAGGUGUCCUUUUUCGACACGCAGGAAACUGUUGAUCCUCAAAUGGAUCUGGCGUUUUUGCAUGAUCCCGUCGACCAAACAUGUAUUUACAUUUUUGCGCGAACAGAUCGCGAGAAAGAACAUUGGUAUCGCCGAUUUAAACGCGCCACGCAUCGACUGGGGCACUCAGAUGGCACGGCGAGUCAGGACUCCGCUAGUGACAUUGUUAAAGACGACACGCACUAUUAUUCCAAGUACUUAAAAAUAAUGUCACCCAUUUUGAAUCCAAUUGAAUCUGGUGGUACGUACAGCAUGUUCAUGGCGUAUUAUUCGAGUGCGUCCUCAUUGAGGACUUCAGAAACUUCUCUGCGAGGGAGAAGGUCCCGGCAGUCGAUGGAAAUCGAAGAUUGCACAACAUUAUCUCCUAAUCUGGACCUGCAAUGGCUCAAUACAAUGAUCUAUCGUAUGGUUUUCGAUUUUCAUCAGAGCGACCAGGUUAUCAAGAUGAUUCAAGAUCGUAUCGCACGAAAAUUAGCCGCUAUAAAACUCCCCAUCUUUAUCGAAUCACUGCGAAUGACCGAACUGACUUUUGGAAACUUUGCUCCUAAGGUGUGCAAGAUAGGCAAACCCUAUCUUGACGAUUGGGGCCUUUGGAUAGACUUUGAUCUUAGCUACGAAGGAUCUGUCAUUAUCAUGGUGCUCACCAAGCUGAACCUGCUCAAACUCAAACAACAAGGCGAGUCCCAUCGCAACGGCAUGGAGUCACCUACGGCAACUGGCUCCAACACAAAGUCCGCCAUUUACCAUUCUGACGUCGAGGAUACCGCAGAAAGUUCGUCAGACGACGAAAGAGUCAAAAGCGCCGCUCAUACUCCCCUUGACGAAUCCGGGUAUCCGGUACCGGGCCUUGGAGGCGCGAGUAAACAAAAUAAAAAGUUCAUGACGAUGGUCGACCGGUUUGCCGAAUCUAAAUUCUUUCAACGUGCUACUGAAAAUAAGUACAUAAAGAAGGCGAUUGAGGGAGUAUCUAAUACAGACGUUGGAUUAAAGUUGGAGCUGAAGGCGCUGAAAGGAUGCCUGGUGGUAAACGUCCCACCGCCGCCAUCUGAUCGGAUCUGGUUUGGUUUUCGAUCUGCGCCGAUGCCCAAACUACAAUUGACAGCGCAUCCAGUUGUAGGCGAGAAAAAUUGGAAUUUCAACAAAGUCAGCACAUGGAUUGAGAAACGAGUCUACAAAGAGUUUUUGAAAGUUUUACUGUUACCUAACAUGGAAGACAUCCUAGUGCCAGGAAUGGAUCCGCGCUUGCCCGAAUAAAUAUUUAAAAUAUUCGAAAGCAGGUGCAAACCGAAACGAUACCAAAAAUUAAAGUGCAAAGAACUAAACCGAGGGUCAGCAUUUAUUACUAAAGACACACACAAAAGGACAUAAGUAUAAUUAAUGUGAUGCUUAGGGCAUAAGUCAACUCUCGUAUAAACAAAGCAAUUCGUUUACCACACUCAACUGUCCAAGUUCAAUGGGGUAAUUGUAGAAUUGUGCGAGAUUUCUUCCCCCGAAUUACGUUAUCCAGUUGUGUUUAGUUGAUGUUGAAUUCAAUCAUCUCCAAAUUUGAUUGAGAGUUCUUCCAGUUUUACUUCCUUAUAUUACGUGUAAUAUCGUAUGUAACUGAGGAGUUAUUUUGUAAUAGUUUAUUUUUGUUGUUUGUAUUAUACAUUUUAUUCAUUUACAUUUGAUUAAGUACAUGUGAUCGAUACCGAUGCAUUUCGUAAGUCGAAGAAUAUAGAAGCAAGCGAACUUAGAUGAGACUUAGAGGGUUUAGCAAAGUGGGAUAGUUGUUAAUUGUGUUUCCUUAGUUGCUGUUGUUCUCGAUGUGAUCUGAUGUAUUCCGAUGUUUUCGAUGACCUAGAGCACGCACAUUCACAUUAGCAUUAGUUUUCACGCAUCAACAGACUGUGUUUUGUGCGUAUUUGCAUUCCGAGAUUUAAUUCAUUUUUGAUUUCCAGAAACAAUUCAAGCAUUCAUUUAUAAGUUCCAAGAAGUGAAACUUAUGCCAAGAUUGAAAGACUUAAUUUAGAACUGUAACGUUCAACGUGACGCGAUUAAAUUCGAAGUCGACAAAUCAGGCUUUAAAUCGACUGAAAUCAAGAAAACCUUUGACUUAUGAAUUUUCAACUAAAUUUAUGGUAUUGGGGUGUUGUAUACAUGUAUUUUCAUGUAGGCAGUAGUAAACUUGGGUAUUCCAUGAAUGUGAUAGGUAGAUGUAGUUUUUAAUAAAGAAAUGCAAAUCAAUGCAAAUAAUAACAUAAAAUAGGUUCUAAUCCAGACCAAACGAAGACUAAAUGUGAGUUAUCACCGGCUAAAAAUCGAUGACUAGACGCAGAAGAAAUAACUACAAUAAAAUAAAUAAAAUAAAGUAACAGUGAGCUGAAGAUAAGUAAUUUAUUACAUAACAUUGUAUAAAUAUUUAAAAAUUAAAAUAAAGCAUAAAUACGGUAACAUAAUAUCAUCUAAUUUUUGACACCGCGGAAAAUCGAUGAAAAAAAAAUGCUAUUUGAUUUGUAAUCUUUAUAUUGUGAAGUUAGGUUUGAUGUAUAGAAUUAAAUACAAGCACUACUUUGUCUUGGAAA